AUGGAUAUAGAAUUAGUUGAAGCUCAACUACAAAUCCGAAUGAAUUCUGAUAUUCAUUGUUCACGUUUUUAUGACUUUCUUUUAACUCAAGACGAAGUAUUGACAACAAUAGCUUCAAAUGAAAAAUUUGUUAGAAAGACACGUCUUGAUAAAUGAACUUUAGUGUUUUUCCAUAAGUGUUUUGAAUUGUAUAUAUACAUAUGUAUAGAUAGUGUAUUUUGAGUUGUUUUUCUUGUAUUAACAGUCUCUUCUUGAAAAUGAUGUUUCCUAAUGGUGUUAUAAUUAAUACAUUUAUUUUAACAUUGAUGAAAUAUAUCUACAGAAAGAAUAACCAAAUGCAGAAGAUUUUUCUGUUAGAAAAAAUUCGCUUAAGCGUCAAAAAGCUUAAAAAUGACUUUCCGAAUUUUUUUCCGAAUUAAGCAGAUAUUUUGUCCGAAUUUUUCCGAAUUCCAGCAAAAGAAUUCCGAUUUGUAAGAUUUCGAUCUGGCAACCCUGGCUGCUAGUGUCUGUUUUCGAGUCUAUGGGUUUUUUUAAUUCAAAUUGAAUUUUGAAAAAAAAAUAACAGCCCAUUUUUACCAAGACAGAGGAACUAAGGGGACUAAGGGGACUAAGGUGACUAACUAAGAUGACUAACUAAGGGG